UUGGAAAACAGAGGCUUUUGGACCCUGUUCCCUUUACAAUUAAUUGAAAUAUACAAAUGCACAUUUAUGCCGAAUCAUUUAACCAAUAUUUUUCGUAGGAUACAAGCUGGUUAACUCUGAUUAUUUCUCGUAUGCAGGAAAGGCGGCUAAGCGCACCGGCGCAAGAAGGCUUCUAGCAGAUGCGUAGAAAGAUUUGAGAGAAGUACGUUCGAAACUUUACAUUACAUUGAGUUCGCAACGAAGCUCUUUGCAUUGGUCUGGUGACUGUUAAUAAAGAAGGAAUCAUGGAAAUGCUUUGAACAAUUCUACCGCUUUGUAUCAGGCCAGCAGUGAUUAUUUAUGAUAGUGCUAACUGUGUCUAUCAGAAUAUAAAUAGUCUUUUUGUGGUUGGGUAUCCAUGUAGAGUGCGUGUGCCGAAAGGUCCGUGUGGUGAUAGAUCAUAGGCGAUUUGCCCAAGGGGUAAGAAAAAUAGGUUGCGUAUCUAAGGAAGCGAACGAUGACCUUUUUUGGAGUUGUUUGGCGCGCGUAAUAUGUCUGAGCAGAGCGUACGGACGCAGCAUGGUCGAUUUAGCAGCUAAAAGAAUAAGGCUAACACAUAUUCUAUGAGCGCUAGUGAAGUUUGUGUUUCAGUGGUGUAUAGCAGUAAUAUACUCUAUCGCUGAGAGGAUUCGCCCAAUCACUUAAGGGCGGCGCCAGUUACUGGUCGGAUGGCUUCGCUGACAGCUACACCUCCGCUACGGAAGGCAACAUCGUGGCGAGUCACACAGAUAUGUUUAUACCUCGCAUCGUUAGCUUUUUCGAUUGGGACGCUUAUCGGAUAUAAAAGCCUUAAUGCUUUGUUCGACAACGAUAUAGCAUCCUGUAUUCUUAAUGCAACAGCCAUUGUGAUAGAUAAGGAAAAUUCUCAGAACUGUUCCUUGACUCUGGAAAGACCCAGUGAGCAUACCUGUAAAUUUGUGUACUUCGACGUAAUCUGCUCGGUCAUCUAUUCAAUCAUCGGAUGCUGGUUCUUUAUUGCGUGCACCUCUGAAGCAAAAACACGCCCUGAUGAGACGGUGAUCCAAUCGUGGAAGUUGGUCGUCCCCUCAAUAUUCUUUACAUGUAUACUCCUUUUGCUUUCGCUGAUUUGCUCCUCAUUCAUCACCAGUGGGUUAGCUUCCUUCUUGGAUUCGUUUACACAACAGACAAAUAAGUUCAACUGUCUUCGUUUCAAAUUGUCAAACCAUCUGACGCUGAUAAAUGCGACCUCAUUUAGCAAUCAAGUCCGCACCUUUGGAGUCGUAGCUGAGACGUUUACGUGGCUGUGCACGACAACAUGGCUACUGGCACUCGGUUUGCUCAUCUGUAGAUGCUGUGUCGCCGCUGAUUUCGUCACAAGUAACGAGUAUAUGAUAGUGGCUGACGACUCGGACGAUUUUGAACCGGAAUCCCGGGUAGCUACCUCAACGCCAGUACCGUCUCCGGAAGCGGGGCCGGCCACGACCUCAUCCCGACCAGGUCCCAGCCAGGUACCUGAAUUCUACCCCUCUCCGAAUGAAACUUAAAUCGCGCCGUCGUAUUUUGUCAAUUGUUCGAUACUCUAUCGCUUUGAGGGAGGAUAUCUUAACGUUCGGACUGAAGAUCCCAGCUUGAAAGACUCCGUAGCAUUAUCGUCAACACCAACGCCGCCGCCAUCAUCAAAGCCUCUACAUCUGCGACUCUACGACCCGAUUCCCUCCACCUUGGCCUUCCUAUUUAGUAUUUUGUUGUGAUAACUAACAUUUACAGCAUUAAGAUAUUUUUGUGCACAUCCCGUCUUCUAAUCUGUGACACCCAUGUUUUUCGAACAAUCUUGAUGGACUCAACUGUAUUUCUGGCCAAAUAGUGCCCGGAUUAGGUUUUCCGGAAGACACAAUUAGUGAUGAGAUGAUUAACGAGAUAACUAACGCUAAGAUUGUGUUUCCCAGUACAUUCAAAGUAACAAACAGUAUUUCUGGCAAAAGCAGCUUUAUAUAUCGUAUAUGGUGCGUAAGAGGGCCAGAAAACCUGAUUUUAAUAUUCGUACUUCGCUUUGGGGUUAGUUAAAAUGCUGAAUGAACAACUGAUUGAUUGUUGCAUUCGCCCUGAGGAUAGAAACAAAAAAUCUAACCUUCACAAAAAUACUUACAUGCCAAAGACAGAUUCGAUAGGUAACAGAGUUGCAGUAUAAAUAUAUGGACCAAAGUUGACGGAGAGAGAUGCUUCUAGGAGCUGAGCUGAAAUGAUAAAGUGUGUGCUUGAAUUGAAAAAUGACCUACUUCCUAGGAAACAGUCGUUGUCCACAUUGAAACAUACAUACAAUAUCCAUUUGUACGCUCGUGCAUUAAGGCAGCGAGCUGAAAUCUUCGUCUUUAAAAUUGUUACUUGUAAACUGGGUCGCGUCAUUCACGAUAAAAUGAAUAAGGUAACUGAUAAUAUAAAGCGAUUUUUGUUUAUAUGAAUGAGAUGUUCACAUAAAAUCGAUCAAAUAUGGUUCAAGUGAGAUGUACAAUUUUACUUACCAAGAACAAAUCUACAAAGCGUAGAGGCAUGUAUAGAGGGAUGAAGAAAAGCUGUCAAUUGACAUCUAGGUGAGUACGAUAUCAUGUAAUUAAAGCUCAGAACGAUGACAACUUGUCUCAAAAGUAGCUUAACUUAUGCUCAACAGUAAAAAUUAGCUUAUAAUUUUUAUGAAAAUAUUUCUUAGUGGAGGAUUAAUGGUGGAGGAAACAUACAAUCAUUAGCCAGGCACGGUAGCUUCUAACGAAAGAUAAAAAAAGUAUUAAGAACAUAAGCCGGUCGGUUGUUCAUAUUUGUUAUACCAAAUGCCUUAGCAAACUGACCUUAUUAGCGUAAACGUACAAAAUGCGUGUGAAGAACUUUCUACGAGGAAUAUGUUCAGAUUCUGAGUAAAUUAACAUCGAUUUAUAUAUGCUACUGCUGCCGCUGCUGCUGCUGCUGCUGCUAUGAAUUUCAGAACAAAUAACAACUUUGACCACAAGAAGAGUUCGUUCCAUGGCUAGGACCGUAACGUCGGUUACCACCUUGAAACUUUAGGCCGUUUAUAUUAAUAUUUAACUAAUGGGUUCAGUUACGCGAGAGUCAAGCAAAUGUUUUCAGUACGCAUUAUCGGUAUAGCAGCUCGCGAGCUUCGCCCUGCGCUCGUUCGCUAUUUAAAUCUUUGCGAGUGGCGCACACGCUCUGCCGCUAUCGGAUGCUGCUGUCGUUGUCUGAUCGUUCACAGCACAUCAACAACAAAUACAAAGUCGUCUAUCUAAGUAGAAAAAAAAGACGUACGAUCCCAGAUCGACUUACGCCGCUCAAACAGACGUCAGUUUCUACUGAUAGUAAAUGAACGAUCAAGGCUAUGAAUUCAGCAAGGGAUCAGACUGAAUAGAUUGGGCAAAACGAGGACCUCAAUUUUUGAAUAUUCUAACACGAUGGGAAACAGAUGACAAUGACCAUUACACAAUUUACAGUCGUUACAUUAAACGUUUUCCCUCAUUACCUUCAGGGUGAAAUAAAAAAGUGGGAAAAAUCUUGGAAAUGGUAGAUUUCAUAAGCUUUGUAGGUCUUCUCGUUGACGUAAUCACGCAUGACAUUUUAUAGGAAUAGGUAAAUCUGGGUUUUGCGAAAAAUAGGCAAGCGAGACUUUGUGCUCUUCCAUUAGAAUUGAUUUAAGCCAAAUUGUGGCCUUCUUCGCCCUCGCUUGUCCUUUCGUCAAAUCAAUGUAGUUUACUAAUCAGCUUGGUUUGAGAAUGUUGUUUCAGCUAAAUAUUUAUUGUCAAAAUAGUUCAUGUAAACUACAAACGCGAUGUUGGUCAACCAUUACACUACCGUAUGUCCAGUGGUCCACUUAAACGAGCGUACACUAAGGGCUAUAUAGAUUACGUGUUUCAGAGAUUUCAGAAAAUACAAUGUAGAGAUAUUCACAUAGUUAAAUAAAUACGAAACUUUUUGCCGCACUCAACUUUGUGGGCUGACAAGCGGAGUUACUGAACUAGACCGUAACAUAUUCAUACAGGCGACUGGCAUAAGGGUUGCCAUUUAUUCAUUUUAAAUGAUUUUAGGCGUCGCAGAUUCUGAGACGCAUCACCGCCUAAAAGAUGCUUUCCCGAAAUACGCACGCAAGUACGUUCUGAACAAUUUUUACUUGUUCAGAAAAGAACCUGAUGAUCUGCAUUUUCCAGACGUGUGAUCACGUAUUAUAUUCUAACCGUUGUAACAUUAGUAGUACGUCUAUCAUUAUGUGACACUAUUACUGCGGCGUAUAGCAACACUGGGGAAUAUAACAAGACAUCACUGUAAAGUUGAUGCGGAAGCGUUUAGGUAGCGUUCAGGAGUUGUUAUUCAGACAUCUGUAUGAAAACAAUAAGGAUGCAAAUCGCUUUAUUGUAUGCUUCAGGACGGAGCCUGCUCUUCACUUAAAUACUCUUAAUUGGCCUUUUUUCAAAUUAGGACAGCCAUGUACGAAGGACUAUCUAGUUGGUACACAGUUCACCAACAAUGACAGCGUUCCUUAUAGUCAUAAUAACGUGGUUAAGAAGCACGAUAAAUCAUCACUACUAGUAGUGACAAUAAUCAUUACCCUUAUGAUCAUCAACAAAUGGGUUAGCAUAUUUGUAGCUAACGGACAUUAUUAUUAUUUCAAUCUAACAUAGUACGUUUUAAUGGGUUAAAAAAUUCUAAUUAAAUAUAUGAUCCGAUAUAAUUUAGAUGCAUUGGGGUGGCUGAACUUCAUACAGAAAACUUGACGAAAUACUGUAAAGAAUUAUUACCUUAUCAUUAGAAUAAUAGAAUAAUAAUGACAAAAUA